GCAGCUAUAGUGAGGCAGCCGUACGGUGUAAUUGAUGAGAGCUAUUCCGGGUGUGUUAAUCACGUGUCCUCUGGGAAGCGCUUUAGUUUUUUGGUCACAGGCAGUCGCCAGAGCACUAUUACCAGGAGGCUAGUUAGUAGGCCUAGUUAGUGUACUUGAACAUCUAUCCGUGGUAAAGACUCAUCGACCUAUAGGCUACAGAAAAUAGAACAAUGUAAGUGUUUUACAUUUUUGAAAUGGGAUAAUGAGAGACGCAAGAGCGCGCGCUCUCUAGCAUCUAGGCUCGUGGAAACUUCUGAGACAGAGAUCAGCUGCAGCUGUUCUGUAACCCGUUCCUGUUGCCACCACGACAAGACAAGUCAUCCGACCGCGGGCUGUCACUGUCUGCAAGAGCCGAGGUGACUGACCAGCUUCCCUGGGAUUUGAUGUCACCUCUAGAUUGGUUCUACUGAAGAUGGAAACACUGGAGUCUGAGCUCACCUGCCCAAUCUGCCUGGAGCUGUUCGAAGAUCCCCUGCUCUUACCCUGCGCCCACAGCCUGUGUUUCAACUGCGCCCACCGCAUCCUGGUCUCCCACUGCUCGUCCAACAAGCCUCUAGAGUCCAUCUCCGCCUUCCAGUGCCCCACCUGCCGUUACGUCAUCACGCUGAACCACCGCGGUCUGGAGGGCCUGAAGCGCAAUGUGACCCUGCAGAACAUCAUCCACCGUUUCCAGAAGGCCUCCGUCAGCGGCCCUAACUCCCCCAGUGAGAGCCGGCGCGCCCCAGGUCUCCCCGGAGGCCACAGGCCCUAUAGCAGCAGUGGAGGAGGAAGCUCCGUUAGCCACAGCGCACGCUCCAGCCCGGCCCAGCCUUCCUCUCAUCAGCAGACCGCCACCAUGUCUCUGGAGCACCGUAUCAGCUGCCAGUUCUGUGAGCAGGACCCGCCGCGCGAGGCGGUCAAGAUGUGCGUGACCUGCGAGGUGUCAUACUGUGACCGGUGUCUACGUGCCACGCACCCCAAUAAGAAGCCGUUUACCAGCCACCGGUUGGUGGAGCCGGUGCAUGACGCCCACCUGAGAGGCCUCACCUGUCUGGAGCAUGAGAAUGAGAAGGUUAAUAUGUACUGCAUCGUGGAUGACCAGCUGAUAUGUGCCCUGUGUAAGCUGGUGGGACGACACAGAGAACAUCAGGUCUCCUCUCUCAGCGAACGCUUCGACAAACUCAAGGCUUUUCAAGUGAGUCCUGGCAGAGUAUCUGACGCGGUAAUGGAGGCAUCAAAGACAAGCGCUGCGCUAACAUCACUGCCCACAAUAAUGCAAACCCUGGAGAACAACCUCACCAACCUGGUGAAGAGAAACAGUGAGCUGGAGAACCAGAUGGCCAAGCUCAUCCAGAUCUGUCAACAGGUUGAGGUGAACACAGCGAUGCACGAGGCCAAGCUAGUGGAGGAGUGUGACGAGCUUGUGGAGAUCAUACGCCAGAGGAAACAGAUCAUCGCUGUCAAGAUCAAGGAGUCCAAGGUGAUGAAGCUGCGUAAGCUGGCCCAGCAGAUGGCUAACUGCAGACAGUGUUUGGAGCGCUCCAGUGCCCUCAUCACCCAGGCAGAACACAGCCUGAAGGAGAACGACCACGCUCGCUUCCUACAGACCGCCAGGAACGUGUCUGAGAGGGUUGCCAUGGCCACGGCAUCCUCACAGGUGCUGAUACCAGAUGUGAACCUGAAUGAAGCCUUUGAUAACUUUGCUCUGGACUUCUCCAGAGAGAAGAAGAUCCUGGAGGGACUGGACUACCUGACAGCUCCCAGUCCUCCCUCCGUACGUGAUGAGCUGUGCACUUCCUCCCACGACACCAUCACUGUUCACUGGACGUCUGAGGACGAGUUCAGCGUCACCUCCUAUGAACUGCAGUACACCAUCUACACCGGCCAGACCAACUUCAUCAGUCUGUAUAACAGUGUGGACAGUUGGAUGAUUGUCCCCAACAUCAAGCAGAACCACUACACGGUGCAUGGCCUGCAGAGUGGAACACGUUAUGUCUUCUUUGUCAAGGCCAUCAACCAGGCAGGCAGCCGCAACAGUGAACCAGCCCGCCUCAAAACCAACAGCCAGCCUUUUAAGCUUGACCCAAAGACGGCCCACAAGAAGCUGCGUCUGUCCAACGACUGCCUGACCAUGGAGAAGGACGAGAGCUCCCUGAAGAAGAGCCACACUCCAGAGCGCUUCAGCAGCACGGGGUCGUACGGCGCAGCAGGGAACGUCUUCAUCGACAGCGGCUGCCACUACUGGGAGGUGUUGCUGGGCGCCUCCACCUGGUACGCUGUGGGCGUGGCCUACAAGUCAGCCCCUAAGAAUGAGUGGAGUGGAAAGAACUCCUCCUCCUGGGUGUUCUCCCGCUGUAACAACAACUUCAUGGUGCGUCACAAUGGCAAGGAGAUGCUGGUGGAGGCCAGCCACCAGCUCAGGCGUCUGGGAGUCCUUCUGGACUACGACAACAACUCCCUGUCCUUCUACGACGCCAUGAACUCCCAACACCUGCACACCUUCGAGGUCAGCUUCCUGCUCCCCGUGGCGCCCACCUUCAUGAUCUGGAACAAGUCAGUGAUGAUCCUGUCGGGGCUUCCGGUGCCGGACUUUGUGGACUGCCCUGAGGAACACCAGGAGGGGAUGACGACCCUGUGUCGCCAGCAGGAUUCACCCUACGUGUCGGGUAUGAAGGGCUGUCACUGAGACCGGGGACUGGGGGUUGUGACUCGGGCCUGUUGUCACGGAGACGGCUGGGAUUGUGGUCGUUGUCACGGAGACCGACGAGGGCUUGGACUGGACUCACUCGACUGGGCUGAGCUUCUCUCACUUACUUCCUGGGUUUGUGGGCCAGUGGGGUUGAAUCUUCCACGUCCUCUGCUUCCUACUUCCUCCUCAUCCUCAUUUUACCCAGCUCUCCUCUCUUCUCCUCACGGAUGGGUUUCAGUUACAUUGCCUACUACUUCUCUCAGUGUGAGGAUGUGUUUUGUUGUUUAUGAUAUUUACAAAUCAUCACAGAAGCUUGACUUGCGUUAUGUGACUACUAGUCUUGUAUUAUAAGAAACUUUAUUGAUCAUGAUUGAUUAGAGGAAAACGUUAAUUAUUUAUGAAUAAUAAGUUGGUUUGCUUUUUAGAUUGAACUUUAUUUCCCCAGUGUGUAAAAAAAAGACAGAAAAUGAAUUUGGACAGGAUUGUUCUUCCUCUAGAUAGCAUAGUGAAUUUAUAUUGUAUAGAAAAGGGAAAUGAUUAUGAUGUUUAUGCGAUUCUUAACAUUUUAAAAAACUGACGGAGAAAAGAAGUUCACAAAGUUGAAUAUUCAGGGAGGGAGGAGAGGGUUAAAACAUUUGAUUUGCUAUCGGUUUUGAUGUCAUAGCAUGAUAUGUAUUUCCUCUGUGAUUGGUUCACACUUCAUGUUUUGUUUGGUUCUGUUUUGUCAAAAAGCAUGUUGCAUUAUGGGAUCCCACUUAACCCUUCUGGUUCACAGGUCAUUAUAUACACUCUAUCUCCUUAACCCUUCACUGGUUCACUUCCAGGUUAUCAUGAGGCACUUCCUGACUCCUGACCAAUAGAAUCCCUCACAGUCAACACGGAGCUCCACCACCUCCCCUCACAUCCAAUCACUGGUCGAGGUUUACCUACUCCACAGAGUGGUGUGUUAUUGUUGUCCCUUCCUUUGUAUAAAGUCCCCAAGACAAUGUAGACCUGUUACUUUCUUACCACGUUUACCAUCCCAAUAUUCUAUCUAUCAUAGAAAUCAUCCGAUUUGUAUUCAAGAAAAUCACAUAUUAAACAUUUCACAAAAUAUGGUUCCAGAUUCCGCAGAGAAGAGAAGACCAUUGCAAAUCUAUGACAUCUUCAUUAAAAAGUAAAGCGUUACAUAAUCAGAUAUUUAUUAUUUAUUUGCGCCUGCUUUUUAUGGGUUGGUGGUGUGGAUUAUAAAUAUGAUUUUCCUCUGAUUUGAUAUUCAGGGAUUGAAUACAUAGUGGGUCUGAUCAAGACAAUGAAUAGUAUAUUAUCAUGCAGGCAGAAAAACAUAAAGAAGGAGUGUUGUAGCAGGGAAAACGCUGAACUAGCAUAACGUAAUACUCGAGAUACUAAAACUGUUAACUUACUGAAAACGAAUGGAUGCUUUAUUUUUUACAUUGAAUGAAACGUAGUAGUGAAGAUAUUGGGAACAGACAGACUCAUACUACUGAUGAUGCCGCCGUCCUGAUGGUCGGUGGUUCAAUCUCACUCCACACAUCAGUGGAUUUAGGGUGCGUUCCAAAUGGUACCCUAUUCCCAAUAUAGUGCACUACUUCUGAAAGUCAAAAAUAGUGCACUGUGUAGGUAAUACAGUACCAUUUGGAACGGAGCCUUAGUUUUCCAUCCUGAAUGUCAUAUUUCCUGUUUAUGUUUUAUUUUUAAUUGAAAGCACAAACUACCCUUCUGGCAGAUUUAUCCUUGGCACAGAGAGAGUUGGAGACAGACAGACAGACAGACAGACAGACAGACAGACAGACAG